AUGGCUCUUCCUAUAAACCCCAUGGACGAGCCCAGAAUGUACCAGCAGACGCUACUCCAGGAUGGCCUGUUCGACUUGCUGGAGAAUGACAAGCUGGUUGACUGUGUGCUGAAGAUCAAAGACAAGGAGUUCCCCUGCCACCGGCUGGUCCUGUGUGCCUGCAGCUCUUACUUCCGCACCAUCUUUUUGUCUGACCUAGAGGAGAGUAAAAAGAGGGAGAUUGAACUGGAGGAUGUCGAGCCUGGUGUCAUGGGGCUGAUCCUCAAGUACCUGUACACUUCCAAAAUCAAUGUGACAGAGCAGAACGUCCAAGACAUCUUCGCUGUGGCUAAUAUGUACCAGAUCCCCUCAAUUUUCACUGUAUGUGUCUCUUUCCUCCAAAAGCGCCUGAGCCUCAGCAACUGUCUGGCUAUCUUCAGGCUCGGCCUGAUGCUAGACUGUCCCAGAUUGGCUGUCUCUGCCCGAAAUUACGCCUGCGAGCGCUUCCAGCUCAUCUCCAGAGAUGAGGACUUCCUCCAGCUGCUCCCCAGUGAGCUGGCAGCAAUUUUAGCAAACGACAACCUGAACGUAGAGACAGAAGAGGCAGUGUUUGAGGCUUUGAUGAAGUGGGUAUCCCGGGACACAGUGAGCAGAGAGAAAGAGCUGCCAGGUUUGCUGGAUUGCGUUCGUUUGCGUCUGGUCAACGAGGAUUACCUGAUAGAAAAAGUGGAGAAACACAAACUGAUCUCUUUAAAUCCUGAGUUACAGCAGAAACUCCAGCUGGUAAGGGAUGCACGUGCUGGGAAAAUGCCAGAGGUUAAAAAAAUCAAGAAGGAGAAUGGUGGAGAAGCAAAAGAUGGAGAGGGGGAGGAUAAAGAGGAGGAAGAAGGAGGUCUUCUUCCAGGCAUCCUAAAUGAUAACCUGAGAUUUGGCAUGUUUGUCAGGGACUUGAUACUGAUGGUGAAUGACACAGGUGCAGUGGCCUACGAUCCGUCAGGGAAUGACUGCUUUGCGGCAUCACUCUCCACGCAGAUUCCCAAGAACCACGCCAGCCUGGUCACCCGGGAGAACCAGGUCUUUGUGGCAGGAGGACUAUUCUUUGAUGAACAGAACAAGGAAGAUCCGCUGUGCUCCUACUUCCUGCAGUAUGACCCGGUCAGUGCUGAUUGGCUGGGGAUGCCUCCUCUCCCGUCUCCCCGCUUCCUGUUUGGGCUGGCCGAGGCAGAGAACUCCAUCUUUGUGUUGGGAGGGAGGGAGCUGAAGGAGCAGGAGCACACGCUGGACUCAGUUUUGGUCUAUGACAGACAAUCUUUUAAAUGGGGUGAAUCCGAGCCAAUUCCUUACCCAGUCUAUGGACAUGCAACUUUAUCCCACAAUGAUGUUGUCUAUGUGAUUGGAGGAAAGGGGGACAACAAGAACUGUCUAAAGAAGAUGUGUUCAUAUGACGCCAAGAGAUUUGAAUGGAAGGAGCUUGCGCCCAUGAAGAUUGCUCGCUCCUUGUUUGGAGCCACCGUCCAUAUGGACAAAAUAUAUGUGGCAGCAGGAGUCACCGACAAUGGCCUGACAGACUCUGUGGAGGUGUAUGACAUCGCUACCAACAAGUGGUCAGACUUUGUAGUGUUUCCCCAGGAGCGUAGCUCCCUGAAUCUGGUGUCUUUGGCCAGCUCGCUGUAUGCUGUAGGAGGUUUUGCCAUGAUGCCUUUGGAGGACGGCGAUGAGAUUGUUCCCAAAGAGAUGAAUGAUAUCUGGAGGUAUAAUGAGUCAGAGAGGAAGUGGAAUGGGAUCCUCAGAGAGAUCCAGUAUGCUUCAGGGUCCACUAUUUUGGGGGUCCGCCUCAACACCCUGCGUCUCCCCAAGAUGUAA